AUGGCUUCGACGCGCACCGCGUUUCAGCUCGGGCAGGCCAUGAUGUACCAUAAUUUUGGAUUGACUGUGCAAACCUUUUUCUUUGGCGGGUACUCUGUUUUGAUUUUGCUUGCGACACGGCUCUUCUUACAACGCGGCCUCAAGACGCUGUCGACGAGGGUUCUGCUUGCCCUCAGUCUCUUCAUGUACAUUGUCUCUACUGCGUUCUGGGCUUAUACGGUCGCGGACGUCGUUGCUGCUACCCAGAACUACAUCGAUCCGACAAACGUCCAAUGGGCCAACUUCUUCACCCAAGUUUCCGUUCCGUUCACACUUUGGAAUGCGAUUGUUCUUGUCAACUUCGUCGUCAGCGACGGGAUUGUCAUAUGGAGGGCAUGGGUGAUUUGCAGGAGAAGUCAUCGUGUCUAUCUCUUGAUUCCGACUGCGUUCUUGCUUUUGACUGCUGCUUCCACCAGUGGCCUCAUUUCACUCAGAGCAAUUGACAUCGUCAAGCCAGGAUGGAUUAGUCGAAAGCCUUUCACUCGGGCAAUCGAUGUCAUGCAGCUGUCGAACAUGACCACUUCUCUUCUAUCUAAUCUCACUGCAACGGGCCUGAUUGGCAUUGAAGCAUGGCGACACCGCAAGACGAUCAGGCGCGCCUUCCAACGAAAGACUACGAAAGUCAACCAAGUCCUAUUAUUGUUGCUCGAAUCUGGGACUCUAUACUGUUCGACUGGGGUCAUUGGCAUCAUAUCACAGUUGAUUCGUCUUCCCCAUGGAACUUUGAACGAUCUGCUUGUUCCGGUCAACAUUCAACUUGCUGGAGCUUACGCACCCGCAUUACUACUGCUGAUCAGCAGUCAUAGUACUGCUGACGAAACAGAGUUCCUGGGGACUUCCAUUGCGGUGAACGUUGUCACCCAUCCAGGCCCACGAAAUGAUGUGAGUGUUGUUGGGCGGCGCCGAGAGAGACCGCCAGUGCUGAGUGCAAUUCAUUUUGCAGUCGGCACUGGCUCAGAGGGGCUGGGGCUCCAUGAAACGUUCUCGACGUUUUCGCUGUCCGAUGAUGGCUCUCCGAGGCAUAGUCCUUCGCGAGCAUUGUCUGGCAAUGAGGAGAAGGUGACCAAGCCACCGGGUGACUUGCAUUAUGUAUAA